AUGAUGAUAUUAUCAAAUUUUGUCAUAUUUCAAUUAUCAAUUGUUAUUCUUAUGACGACAUUAAUAACUGCAACUAACAUACCGCCAUCAACAGCCAUGAUAACAGAAUUAUCCCAGUCCUCUGAUGAUGAGCGAAAUUCAGCUGCUGUUUUUCCAAAUCAUCAUGUUACUCUUGACGAUUUACAAUUAGCUUCAAAAUCUUUUCCUUUAACAGGUGAUGAAAAUCUCAGCACUGAAGAAUAUGAUUAUGAUUAUCCUCAACCUUCUAAUUAUAAACAAAUUUGGCCAGAAUUAAUAAGCAAACGUUAUGCAAACAAAGUCACUCGUGGUAGUACUUCAAAUGGUAAUGGUGGUGAUAGUCGUGUUUGGGCUAUACCAUACCGUUUUGGCAAACGAGCUGCCAUGCCUUAUCGUUUUGGUAAACGUGCUGGCAUGCAUUUUCGACUUGGAAAAAAAAGCGCCUCAUUGUAG